GGAAAUUUCUUCAGGUCAAUUCUGCCGUGUCUACAGUGUAGUAGUGAAUAGUCGGCUGGAUUUGUAGUGUUGCUAGAUAGCAUCUCUCGUUUGUACAUCGAGUUACUAUUUAGAAACAGUAAACAGAUAGAAAAAUGGUGAACAUAUCUAGGGACAGGAUGAACCUGUACGAGUUCGAGAAAACAUUUGAUCUCCCGUAUUAUGUCAACUUCUUUGGCACCUACUGGCAUUAUGGGAUAUACAUAAGUAUUGUGUAUUUGCUUACAAUCUUCUCUAUACAGAAGUGGAUGAAAAGCAGAGCUGCGUUCAGUCUUCGCCCUCAACUAUUUAUGUGGAAUGUGUUGUUGGCGAUUUUUAGUAUAGGUGGUGCACUACGGUGCUCACCCUUCCUUGUUUAUGCUCUCGUAUAUGACAGUUUCCAUGACAGUGCGUGCAAUUCUGAAUACUAUGCUAACAACGGUUUCUGGGGUGCGGCAUUUGCUUUCUCAAAAGUAGUUGAACUUGGUGAUACCAUAUUCGUUGUUCUUCGAAAGCAAAAACUUAUAUUUCUGCAUUGGUACCACCACAUCUCUGUUAUGAUUUGCACGUUUAUCGUGUUCGGAAACCAGAGCUCUGUAGGGUUCUGGUUUUGCGGGAUGAACUACGCAGUGCAUGCCAUUAUGUACCCGUAUUAUGCACUCCGUGCAGCUGGUAUACGCACUCCUAGAAUAAUUCCGAUGUGCAUCACAACUAUUCAACUCGUGCAAAUGUUUUUAGGAAUGUUUGUUGUAGGCUAUGCGUGUACGAUGCGGUUAACUGGUCAACGAUGCGAAACAACGGAUGGUCGUCUCAUUUACUCAUCCCUAAUGUACCUUAGCUACACAAUUCUGUUCGCACAGUUUUUCCACAAUGCUUACCUGAAGCGAAAGGAUGGACAUAGUAAGAAAACCGAUGGUCAUGACAACAUGCCUGUAUCGAAUGGCAAAUCAUCUGAGCAUCAUUCGAAUGGAGUAAAACAUCGUUCAGUUACUAAUGGAGAUGUGCUAUCCAAAUAAAUGCAAUCUCAAGAAUAGUGAUGAAUGAAAAUCUGUAUUGUAGGCCUAUUAUAAAUAGCGAUUUUUGUUUCCAUCUAAAAACAUAAAACAAAUAUGUGUUCUUCUUGGAUUCCAGGAGUAUUAUUCUUAUAUAUUAGUGACUGUUAUAGUUGAACUUUGUUGACCUAAGUAAAGUGCAUACAGUUCCGAUCACUUUGUGUGCGGUUGUUUUGGCCCAAAUAUUGUUUAUUCACUGCUGCUAAUGAGAAUUGCAUUAAACAUGAUAUAGUAAUAAUUAUUUGUUAUGUAAUGAUAAGGAUUAUACUACAGUAUAAGAAUGUGGUAUUUUCUCAUAUUAUUAGUCACUAUAUAUUGGUGUACCAAUGUGGAUACAUAACUUUUAAGACCAAGUGCGUGGAGCCUAACAAAAACUAAUAUUGACGCAACUUCAAAGCAAUGUCAUUGCAAAUAUUAGUACCAGAUGGCAGCUAACUAGAACAUUUUUUUCAAUAGGAUCCAUCCAAGUAACAGUCAUGUUUUUCUCUCGUGGCAUAAACUUUAAAGUUUAAAUGAGACCAAACACAACCGUCUGUGUGACACUAAACAGUAACUUAAGUACGCCAUCCGACCUGACAGUUGGUACAUCCAUUCAUAAGCAGAACUUCAAUCAUCAAGUAAUCAGCAAAGGAGGAGACAACUUAUUAAAGAGCUAAACCCUAGGCACUAUAUAGAGCAGUCACUCGGUCAACAGUAAGCGAGUCUAGAACCAAUAUUUGAGGCUGUAUCACAGGAUGAAAACAGGGUUUAAUCAUCAACAGGCAUAUGAAGAUGAAUAACAACCAGAAGUAUUAUAUAAAUAUGCAGUGGUGGCACCAGCCAGCCAGGGCCCCCGUUGGGGAGAAAAAAAAUUAUAUGUAUUUUCUACAUAUUAGCAGACUACUGUAUCUAUCUAUAAAAUUGACUAAAUAAGCAUUUGAUAUGACUAAAUAAGCAUUUGAUACCCCUAAAUUGUCAAAUUUUUUCAGGGACUUCAACCCCCCCUCCCCAACC